AUGGCCGACCAAGGCGAUGUUGAUCUAGAUUCUAUCAUUGAUAGACUGUUGGAGGUGAGGGGUAGCCGGCCAGGGAAACAAGUACAACUCUUGGAAUCCGAGAUUCGCCACUUAUGUACCAAGGCUAGAGAAAUUUUCAUCUCACAACCCAUCUUGCUAGAGCUUGAGGCGCCAAUCAAGAUCUGUGGUGAUAUUCACGGCCAGUAUUACGACCUGUUACGUCUUUUCGAAUACGGUGGUUUCCCUCCCGAAGCAAAUUAUCUGUUCCUUGGAGACUAUGUGGACCGUGGUAAACAGUCGCUCGAGACUAUUUGUCUGUUGCUAGCGUACAAGAUCAAAUACCCUGAAAACUUCUUCAUCCUUCGUGGCAAUCACGAAUGUGCUUCGAUUAACCGUAUCUAUGGCUUCUACGAUGAAUGCAAGCGCCGAUACAACAUCAAAUUGUGGAAGACAUUCACGGACUGUUUCAAUUGCCUACCGAUUGCCGCCAUUAUCGAUGAGAAGAUUUUCACUAUGCAUGGAGGUUUGAGUCCUGAUCUCAAUUCAAUGGAGCAAAUCCGCCGGGUCAUGCGCCCUACUGAUAUUCCCGACUGCGGUCUGCUCUGCGAUCUGCUAUGGUCCGAUCCGGACAAAGACAUAACCGGCUGGAGCGAAAACGACCGAGGUGUCUCAUUCACAUUCGGCCCCGACGUUGUGUCACGAUUCCUACAGAAACACGACAUGGACCUCAUCUGUCGUGCUCAUCAAGUCGUUGAAGAUGGCUAUGAGUUUUUCUCAAAACGGCAAUUGGUGACGCUGUUCAGUGCACCCAAUUACUGUGGGGAAUUUGACAACGCUGGAGCGAUGAUGAGUGUUGAUGAGAGCUUACUUUGUUCAUUCCAGAUUUUGAAACCAGCCGAAAAGAAACAAAAGUACGUUCACGGGGGUAUAAGCACUGGCAGACCCAUCACUCCUCCGCGAAAGCAGAAAAAGAAGUAAAAGAAAAUAUACGAGCUUUUCCAUGUGCAGCAGGUUCGGACGGAGAUAAUCACCCAACCAUUCGAUCACCGAUAUGGCCAGGCCACCGAAUGACCUGAUGCCCGACGUUACUUGACCAACAUUCUGUCAUCGCCGCCGAUGAUGCGCCAUCGAUCAUCCACAUACAGUUU